AUCCACCCUCGUUAGUGCUCUCUACAGCCACCUUCGCGGGCUCCUCCCCGGCGGACACUCGCGUGUGUGAAGGACGCGUCCUGCCAGGGAGGGAAGGGACAAGCCAAGCGCCUCAGCCAACCACAGAGCCGUGGGAAGGCCACUUCCGGCGGCACCGGAAGCUCGGCGGGGACCUUGCGGAAUGGACGGACCGACUGACCCACCGUGCUCCUGGGUCCGGAAAGUGGUCUCGCCUGAGAACUGCGAGAAGCAUGAAUCAGAAGCUACUGAAAUUGGAAAACCUGCUUCGAUUUCACACUAUUUGCAGGCAGUUGCACAGCUUAAGUCAGAGAAGACUGUUAGCAUGGUGGAAGCGUGGGCUUUCACCAGCUCACCCACUACGGGCAGAGCAGCUAUGCGUCCGGCCCUGGCCGACCGAUGCGCUUGUUGGUGCUGCAUUAUGUCAGCAGAGGCUUCUUGUAACAAACAAGGAAAAAAGACCAUUGAGAUCUCAGUCGUCUCCAAUAAACCCUAAAAGGGAUGUGGAAGUAUGGGUUGGAAUGACUGUCGAAGAACUAGCCAGAGCAAUGGCAAAAGACAUAGUGGAAAUACAGCCCAGUGGUGUCAAUCACACAUCUCGUCCCAUCUGCAUCCAUUGCACAUGCUGGUGGCUUGAAAUCAACUAUUAUAUAUAUGAAGCUUUAUUGAACACUGCCUUUGACAUGGAUUCACUGGAAGCAAACUCACAUUUAGAUGAAGUCUGGAUCAAAGAAGUAAUAAAGAAGGCAGGGAUGAAGCUGAGAUGGAGCAAAUUAAAGCAGGAGAAAGUAAGAGAGAACAAAAACGCUGUAAGAAGGCCCCAGGCAGAUCCAGCUUUGUUAACACCAAGGUUCCCGGUUGUUACUAUAAUGGGUCAUGUUGAUCAUGGGAAAACAACGUUACUUGACAAGCUCCGAAAAACUCAAGUGGCAGCAAUGGAAGUUGGAGGCAUCACUCAGCACAUUGGUGCCUUUCUCGUCUCUCUGCCUUCUGGAGAAAAGAUAACCUUUCUUGAUACUCCUGGACAUGCUGCCUUUUCAGCAAUGAGAGCCAGAGGAGCUCAGGUCACUGACAUUGUUGUGCUGGUUGUAGCUGCAGAUGACGGGGUGAUGAAGCAAACUGUAGAGUCUAUUCAGCAUGCCCAAGAGGCGCAAGUUCCUAUUGUUCUUGCAAUAAAUAAAUGCGACAAAGCAGAUGCUGAUCCUGAGAAAGUGAAGAAAGAGCUUCUGGCUUACGAUGUGGUGUGUGAGGAUUACGGCGGCGAUGUGCAGGCAGUGCAUGUCUCUGCACUUACGGGAGAUAAUCUGACUGCUUUGGCAGAAGCAACAGUUGCUCUCUCGGAAAUGCUGGAGCUGAAAGCAGAUCCUACAGGUCCAGUGGAAGGAACAGUAAUAGAGUCUUUCACUGACAAAGGAAGAGGUCCUGUUACAACAGCUAUAAUCCAAAGAGGAACCCUAAGAAAAGGCUCAAUUCUAGUUGCUGGAAGGAGUUGGGCAAAAGUUCGACUAAUGUUUGAUGAAAAUGGAAGAACACUUAAUGAGGCCUAUCCCAGCAUGCCUGUGGGAAUCGUAGGCUGGAGAGACCUCCCUUCUGCAGGAGAUGAAAUUCUUGAAGUAGAAUCUGAGCCCAGGGCCCGAGAAGUUGUUGACUGGAGGAAGAUUGAGCAGAAAGAGGAAAAAGACAGAGAUGACCUGAAAGUGAUGGAAGAACAGAGAAAGGAGCACCAAGAAGCCCAUCGAAAAGCCCGUGAGAAGUAUGGCAGUCUGCACUGGAAGAAGAGGUCAUACAUAAAGUAUCUUGAGAGAAAAGAACAAAGACCCUUAAAGCCCAAAGAAAAGGCAGAAAAGGACUCAAAUGUGCUUCCUAUAAUUAUUAAAGGUGACGUUGAUGGGUCUGUGGAAGCCAUCUUGAACCUUCUGGACACCUAUGAUGCUUCCCAUGAAUGUGAACUAGAAUUAGUACAUUUUGGAUUGGGUGACAUUAGUGAAAAUGAUGUCAACUUUGCUGAGACAUUUGAUGGCAUCAUUUAUGGUUUUAAUGUGGGUGCAGGCAAGGCUAUCCAGCAAUCAGCUGCACAAAAGGGAGUUAAGAUUAAACUUCACAAAAUCAUCUACCAUCUUAUUGAAGAUUUGCAGGAGGAACUAAGCAGCAGAUUGCCCCACAGGCUGGAGGAAUACCCAAUAGGUGAGGCUUGCAUACUAGCUACCUUCUCUGUAACAGAAGGGAAGAGAAAAGUUCCUGUGGCUGGCUGCAGAGUUCAAAAGGGACAGUUAGAAAAACAGAAGAAGUUUAAAUUAAUCCGAAAUGGACAAGUUAUUUGGAAAGGCUCAUUAACCUCACUGAAACACCAUAAAGAUGAUGUUUCAGUCAUCAAAACUGGAAUGGAUUGUGGUCUUAUUUUAGAUGAAGAAAAAGUAGAAUUUAAGGUGGGAGAUGAAGUUGUUUGUUAUGAGGAAAAUGAAAUUCCAGCUAAGACUUCUUGGGAUCCAGGAUUUUAAAAGUACAAUAAAAAUGAUAAAUGUA